CACUAUAAAAACCCCCCCAGAGGCCUUCCAUUCCUUCACAUCCAUUGCAGAAGGGUGUUUCCCAGUCUUCUGUAGCUUUGAGGCAUCAUGAUUCCAGUCAUUGAUUUCUCGAAGGUGGAUGGCGAGGAGAGGGCUGAAACCCUGGCCCAGAUUGCUAAUGGAUGUGAAGAGUGGGGCUUCUUUCAGCUGGCGAACCAUGGCAUUCCAGUGGAGCUUCUUGAACGUGUGAAGAAGGUCUGUUCUGCGUGCUACAAGUUGCGACAGGAGAGCUUCAAGGAAUCAAACCCCGUGCAGUUGCUGAACAAGUUGGUCGAGGAAGAAAGUGAGGGAAGGAAUGUGGAGCGGCUGAACGACGUCGAUUGGGAGGAUGUGUUCGUCCUCCAAGAUGAUAAGCCCUGGCCAUCUAAUCCCCCUGAGUUCAAGGAGACGAUGAGGGAGUACAGGAAAGAGCUGAGGAAGUUAGCCGAGAGAGUAAUGGAAGCCAUGGACGAGAACCUGGGACUGGAGAGGGGCUACAUAAGCAGAGCAUUCUCCGCAAACGGCGAGCACGAGCCCUUCUUCGGGACCAAAGUGAGUCACUACCCUCCCUGCCCGCGGCUCGACCUCGUCGACGGCCUCCGCGCCCACACCGACGCCGGCGGAGUCAUCCUCCUCUUCCAGGACGACGAGGUCGGCGGCCUCCAGAUCCUGAAGGACGACAAGUGGGUCGACGUGCAGCCGGUGAAGCACUCCAUCGUGAUCAACACCGGGGAUCAGAUCGAGGUGCUCAGCAACGGGCGGUACAAGAGCGUGUGGCACCGCGUGCUCGUCUCCUCCCACGGCAACCGCCGCUCCAUCGCCUCCUUCUACAACCCUUCCCUCAAGGCCACCAUUGCUCCCGCCACCAAGCUUGUCGCAAGCCAGCCCCGGGAGGUUGGUGCUUCGUAUCCCGAGUUCGUGUUCGGGGACUACAUGGACGUGUAUAUGAAGCAGAAGUUCCUCCCCAAGGAGCCAAGGUUUCAGGCGGUGGCAGCAGCUCUGUGAAAAUGCAGGAAGGAGAUGAUACACUCCAGGGUAGUUUAAUGUGUGACCAUCUAAGUUUAUCAGUGUCGUAUAUUUAUAGGUCGGUAUCAGCGACAGAUGCUUGCUUGCUUGGACAUGUGCAGCACAUCUGUAUGAUACAAGUACUGCGUACUGAGUCUGUUGUCGAGUCUGUGUGCUUUGCUUCGUACAGUACCUGGAGCCUAUAUUCCAAGUUGUGUCAGGUAUUAUAAGCUC